AUGGACUGUUACCUAGAAGCUUAGACCAUUCAAUUCCCCGCUAUCCUAAAAAAAGUUACCCUAAAAAAGUAGUUGCAUCGAAAUUAUUUUUAUACGCUAGGUAUUUGCUCACUUUUGCGCUGCGCAAACCAACCUUGGGAAUCUUCACCACCAACAAUUCUAUUUUUACUCUCCGCGUUCUACGGCGCACCUUUUCCACCUCUCUUAUCUACCAGAUGCUUCAAUGAAGCCACGGUAGUAAUUGUAGCGCUCUAGAGAUAGUGAGAGGAUCUCUAGAAGCCAACCCCUUCGACAAGUCCCCAAAUUCUAUCUGUUUAACUCGCGGCCGAAUCCCAAGUUGUCAGCCAGUCAGUUCAACCAGUCAUGUUAGUGACAAAAAACGUUGCAGAACUUUGCGUUCUGCUGAUCAGCGAGUUGUACGGCCAGCUCCCAUCGCGCAUAUUCGCGGAUCUUCUCGCAAGAGGCAGGUCGACCGUCGCGCAAGUAGCACAACAUACUUCGCUCAACCAGCGACAAGUGCGCCAUGGGAUAGCUGUGCUCGUUCAGCUAAACCUCGUCUUCCAUUUUACGGAUCAAGACUUGGGUAUUACGUAUUACGAUGCAAACCCCCAUGCUGCCUACAAUCUUGUCCGAACGGGAAAGAUCCUCGACAUGGUCCGUGAAAAAUAUGGAUCCAAUGCGCAUGCUCUCGUAAACGAGGUCCUAAUUCAGGGCCACACGAAGAUUUCCGACCUCGUCGCUGCUUUCAAGAAGACAAAUAUUGCACAGAACCAGGGCGUCAAUGGUGUAUCGCAAAAUGGUCACCACCAUGUUAACGGAAAUGGUGUUAGCAAUGGUACAAUCGAUAUAAAGGUUGGGGAUGAAGAUAUGCAUCUGGAGAACCAAGCCUAUGAUAGCCUCGCGCAGCUUAUUGCAGCUGGUAUUCUUGAGCCGCUUACUCUGGCCAUGUACCAGUCUCCCCAGGAUCUGAGAAGCACAAUUGAGCAAGAAUUUUUAGCGAAACACUACCCCACUGGUAUUCGAGGCUCAAAACAAACAGCCGAAUUCGACAAGUAUGUCAGAGACAAGCUAAGGGAGUUCCAUCUUGAAAAUACGAAACUAAAGAAUGACCUUGAAUUUGAACUCGAGAACGGGUCUAGCUCCAAGCGCCGGAAGCUAACAAACGGAAAUGCGUCCAACAUAUUCACCAACGACGGAGCAAAAUCCAUUUUACUAAAAUAUCUUGAUACCGUACUUCGGGUAAACUAUGAUAAGUGUGUAGUCGAACUUCGCAACCUAAAACUCGAGCGUUAUGUGGAAGAUUUGAUUGGCGACACUACAGCAAAAGUAUAUGCAACAUUACUUGACGUAUUGAGCAAAAAGAUUUCUCGUUGUCAAAUAGAUAGUUCGAUCGAGGUUGAAGACGAGAACGACGAUGCUUCUACGGGACCUCGUGUCACUGCUCAAGAAAUUUUCGAACACCUGAGCCCGUCUAUAGAUGUAUCAGUAGGGGUCGGGACCCCCCACGAAGAUGGCGCUAUUGAUAUCCGCCAUGCAGAAAAGAUCCGUCGGUUCCCUCCGCAACUUAAAGGCUCUACUCUUAAGGAAACACUCCAAGAGGGGGAAGAAAUUGUUCAGUCCGACGACGAAGAUUACGAUCCCAGUGGGGAAGCAGCCGCUAGCUUUGGAUUGCACAGUCAGAAUGGCUCUGACGAAAUCAAAAUACAAGAAGCGGACGACACUAUUCCUAUCGGUACCAAGCGGCUACAUCAGAUGCGACAACAUUUACUCAUACUUGCCGAGAGUAAGGAGGGUUUUGUGCGACACUGCGGCAGUCGUGAUUUUGGAGAGUGGACAGUCGACUUCGAACCGCUUAUGCAACAUCUAAAAUUCCUCGAACUUGACACGCUUAUUGAAAACCGCUUCGGCCGUCGCGGUUUGCGUCUGACUAGAAUUCUUAGAGAAAAGGGAAAGAUCGACGAUAAAACUUUGCCUAGUUUGGCUCUUAUGAAGAAACCCGACGUUCACGUCAAGAUGGCAGAGAUGGAAAUGGCAGGGUUCUUAGACGUACAAGAGGUACCCCGGGAUAAUAAUCGAGCAGCUGCCCGGACGAUUUUCUUUUGGUUCUUUGAUCUCGAGAGAACGUUGCAGCGAACACUAGACAAUACUUACAAAUCUAUGGUGCGGUGUCUGCAACGUUUAGAUGUCGAGCGGCGCAAGAAGGCGAGCGUCCUAUCGGUAGCCGAGCGAAAAGAUGUCCAGGGGAUGGAAGAGGAGAAGCUGAGGGGCGAUAUAUAUAAUGAAUACGUCCAGUUUCUCGCCCUCGAAAAGAAGCUUCUUGGCCAGAUUGGAAAGCUCGACGAUAUUGUAGCAGUCUUCAGAGACUUCUAGUGUUCAUUCUCGCAAUUGAUACCAGUAUUGGAGGGAUUUCUCGCAUUGUGGUGGCGUUGGUUCACGGGCGGUACAGCCAGAGAGGCUCAAAAGUGACUUUUUGCAUAUAGGAUGGCGUUGUCUUCUACUCAUUCUGGCCAGUUUAUUUCGAACUCGGAAUUGUGGUAUGUUGAACCACAUCUCCUAUUGUACGUCCUAACAGACGACGAGUGUACACAUAUUCCGCCUGAGACGAUACCUUAGGUACGUCUAUAGGCCGUUGUACAAUUACAACAACAACUUCUUACUUUCUACACUGUACCUAUGGUGCUAUAGAUUGUAAUAAUAUAUGCCAAUGCUACCUAGA